AUGCAGAAAAAGAGAAGAACAAAAGAGCUCUGCAAAGUACGUAGUACCUUGCGUAAUUACUUGACGGUCCACACGAAAUUGUUCAAUAUUAUUGGACUAUGGACAAACGAGAAAUUGAUUGCAGGAUCCCUAAUAUUUACUGUCCUGUACAGUAUACUGGCGUUAUCGUUUUUCAUUAUCGCUCCUCAAUUCUGCCACGUUAUUUACAUGUACAAGGCAAGGAAUAACGUCAUGGACUUUGCUGAUGAAUUUUAUGUCUCGAUGUCUUCACUGAUGGUGAUAUUUAAAGACUAUACGAUGAUAGUAUACAGAAAGAAAGUGAGGCAACUAAUUGACAGUAUGGAUUAUGACAUAUUUCAACCUUUGAAUUCAAAACAGCAGAAAAGCAGUAGUGCAGUUAUGAAUAUGUGGCAGAAAAUGUUUUGGAUCAUAUCAGUGAUGCAGAUAUCUUUCGGCCUGUGCGUUUUGAUCACUCCUGCACUCGACAGGUUGAGAACUGGCGCCAAAUACUUGCCAUUGGUAGACUGCUAUCCGUUCUAUAUAUACGCUUCACCAGUAUACGAAAUGAUGUAUAUUUACCAAUCCUGUCUGUUAUUCUAUCUCAUAUUUCACAGCUUCCUCUUCGAUACGUUCAUUGCAGGAUUAUUGGCAUUUUGUGUAGCAGAAUGCGAUUUACUGCAUGAUAAUUUACAGAAUCUAAAGCAACAAAUGACCCAUGUUGAGUAUGGAAAGAGACUCAUCAAGUGUAUAAAACAUCAUGAAGAAUUGCGCAAGUACAGUAACGCUAAGAGUGAACUCUUACCAGUUGCAGCCUACGACAGCUACAGACUCGACGCUUUAAAAUCUACUCAAACAAACCUAAAACUGUUCAUCGGUAAAACUCAAAAUUCUCUAAAAAUUAGAACUGCCCUUUUUGCUCUCUCAAUGGAACAAUAUUUACAGCUUCUCAGAAAUUCGUUUUCCUAUUAUGCAGUCUUAACAACACUGAAUGAAAAAUGAAGAACCCUUUCCAACUAUGAUUAAAAUACAUUUUAAGUGCUAAUUAGGGUAUCUAGAUGUUUCUUAGAUUAGUACGGAGGGCUUAUUGUAAUAUUAACACUUGAAAAAUGAAUAGAUCUUUAUCUAUCACUGUAACUUCACAUGUACGUACCUAUACUGAACUAUAACCAAUGUAAUCACCAAAAUACACUUUCAAAAUUAA